AUGCUCGACGACCUGGGUAGCGUCUUCCACCAUUUCUACGACAUCGGGCUGACAGCUUUCCGCGCCGAGCUGGCAGAGAGUGCAGGUAGCUUCAAUGAAGGCACGCUCGCUGCAGGGCUUCUGCUCUGUACUGUCGGCAUCGUACAAGGCACCCCGUGGACCAUUCACAUCGACCACUUAGACGAUCUGUUUAUUGCCCCUCAGGAGACUAUUGGCUUUCGCAAUCUGUCCGCCUACACCUCUCAUGCCAUCGAGGUGGCCGGUGUCAUGGACCUUCCCACCUAUCAAUUGGGCCGGCCUUUGCCAUGUCGGCAUAUCUGGCGAAGGUUCAGAGCCUAUCAGGCCAACACAAACAGCCUCAAACCUGGAGUCGAGCCCGUGUCUGGGCUCCCACGAUCUCUUCUCGACUGUUUCGCUCGCAUUGAGGACCCAGAUAGCAUCGAUAGCUUCUGGCUCUGGCCCGGGGAACUGGGAGAGUCUGCGCAGUGCCUACUGUGGGAAGCCUAUCGAUUGGCUGGCGUGCUCGUGGCCCUUCGUCUCCAUCGGACACUCAACCCCACAACUGCUCCCGUGACUAAGUUGUGGAGUGUACCGGAUCGCACGAUUCUUGUGAAUCGACUGAUUGCAAACAUUGACUCUGUGCAGCGGAGCGUGUCCACUCCUGCAGAAAGCCAACUGCUCGUUACGAAUGCCCUUGUAUACCCAGUGUUUGUUGCAGGCAUGCACGUAACGUACAUGCACAGGUGGCCCAACUGGAAACAGGUUGUCCUGGAUUUCUUCACUAUCUCCAUGGCGAACGACAAAAUCAAUAACACAAAACACGUCUUGGAGAUCCUUCAAGAUGCCUGGGCACAUGAUAAUCAUGAUUUUGACUUUGAUGAUGCCGCAAAACGCAAGGGCCUCGAGAUAGCUUUACUCUAG